UUCUCAUCUUCUCCAUGGCUGAGUCUAGCAAGAGAUCCGCAACCAAAGGUGAAGCAACUCCUGCCGUGAUUAAGGCCACAAAGUCUUUGAAAGAACUCAAGAGGGAGCCGGUAGAUGAUUUAAAGACCAAAGUGAAUCUGAAGAAGCCGAAGAAAGAUGUGAUAAUUGCUCAUCCCGGGAAGGAAAAAUCUGAGAUGAAGGAGAUUAUGAAAGGAAUCGCUGAUCGUCUUCAGCGGCUCGAAGCAAAGGUGGAUUUGUUGGCAACGAAGGCAGAUCUACAGGCGAUUUUGAUCGCAGUAAAGGGUAAGAAAGUUCCUGCCAUGAAGCCUCCUGCUGAGGCUGCUUCUGACAGCGAGACAGAGACCACUUCGUCUGAGGAUGAACCAUCUUCUUCUGAGGAACCUGCAAAUAAACCUGCUGCAAGUGCCAAGCCAGCUGCAAGUGCCAAGCCAGCAGCUGCUAAAGUUUCUCCAUCCUCUGUUGGUGGCAAUGGUCAAACGAUCUCUGUUAGGGGAUUUGACACUUCCAUUCCUGUGGAUGAUAUCAAGAGCGCAUUGAGUAGUUAUUUCUCUUCUUUUGAGGAGAUUACACGCGUAUUUGUUCCCGCAGACCGUCAAACCGGUGCUUCCUUGGGAUAUGCUUACAUUGAUCUGAAACAAGGAGCAGAGAAGGCGUUGAAACUUCGUAGACAUGACGUGGGAGGAUGGAAUCUUGUAGUUGGUGAGGCUGAACCAAUUCGCAGUGGAAGUAGUUGGCCUUUUCCCGGCCGUUGUGGCUCUAUUGGCCGUUGUAGAUACUGUUGAAGCUUUGGUGAUGCGAGGAAGAGGCUGCUCCUCGAACUAGUUUUACUCCCUCAAGUAAGAAGUAGAAGAUAUGUAGCGUUUAUUUUUUAACUUGUGAUACAAUGCAACAUUUUUUUAUUACUUAUGUUCUAGUUAAGUUUU